AUGCUUACAAACGUAGGAGUUUCAAUUUCAAGUUUUUUUCUCUUGAUAACGCUUGUGAUCAUAUGUGUUUUCAGAGAACUGAGAAACUCGGAUCGUUUCAAAAUCAUGCGGCAUUUAGUCAUCGCUCUAAUAUGUGUCAAUCUAUUCUUUUUGGUCCUUGAAGUUAAGGUGAAAAAUAGAUCCACGAUCACUUGCAGUAUUUUUGCUGGAUGCCUACACUACAGUCUCUUGGCAGCUUUUUGGUGGAUGUUGUUUAUGUCAAGUGAUUUAUACAUGAAAGUUAUACAUCCGUUUGCUGAUCAUAGAAGGCGCUUCUCGAAUAGUCGAUAUGUUGGUUGGAUUGGACCCAUCAUUGUCGUUGGGGUGACUGCUGGUAUAACAAGAGAGAACUAUGCAUCUAAUCAGUGUUGGUUGAAUACUAAAUCAGGUGCCAUCUGGGUUUUUAUUUUUCCAGUGUGCCUUACUGUUUUGGUGGUCGCCGUACAGUUGUUAGUUAUAGGGUAUGCAGCAUUUAAGAAACAUCAGCUACCGAACCAAAGUGAAGACGAGUUGCAAAAACUCAAAAGAAUCAGAACUCUUUUUGGUGGAAUAUUGCUCCUUCUACCAACUGUUGGACUUUCGUGGAUUUUUGGAGUGAUCAUCGUGUUCAGUGAUUCAAAAACCUUUGAACAAAUAUUCGUUAUCUUAAACUCGAUGCAAGGACUCUUUAUAUGGCUCUCACAAUGCGUCUUUAGCGAAGAGGUGCGGAAAGCAUUGAAGAAGAGCUUCAGGAAUCGGGUAACACAAGAUAAAAAUAUCGAAACUGUAAAACGUUCCAAAUGUAACGCCGGGCUCAUCACGACUGAAGACAUAUGAAUGCUAGACAUCCUGCACUGUGGUUUCUGCUAAUGCAUUACCUUGUUAAGAAUGAGCGCGCCCUCAAUUUGCAAUUAAACUUAUUUGUUAGCAGACGACGCGAUCUUAGAAGCAGACCGAAUUCGUUUUUCUAGGACUGCAGGCUGAUAUAAGCACGUAGUAUCUCGAAGUGUUUACUGAAAAUAUAGUUUAGGCUGGCAAUCCGAAUGUUAUUUAAAAUCAUUAGAAUAUGUAUAUAAACGAGAGCAUCAAUGAUGCAAUAGCCCACUUGCCAAUAGCUGGCAAUGUUUAAG